AUGGGGGACUUACAAUUUGCGAAACAAUUCCUGAACACGCUGGACGGGAAACCCACCAAGUACCAACCCGACCAUGUCUUUGACCCCAAGACUUUCCAACUACGAGUUCCCUACACAUUGCCGAAACUUUCCAAUCCUCCUCACCCAUCUCCACCAAAGAAGACACCUUCAGCCGCCCCAGCGCCAGGCUCCGAAGCCGCCGCACCCACAGUUUCCAUAACGCUGAAAUCUGCUCGGAAUCCAAAUAUGACACUAGAGUUACCUUCGUUAAACCCCGAAACUACUACCAUCCAGUCAUUGAAAGAGCAAAUACAGUCACACUUAGGUGGACCGUCAGUCGUGGGCAUAGACAAGGUUAAAAUCCUUAUGAACAAGAAACCGGUCCCGCCCUCGAAGAAAACCGUCUCAGAUGCAUGGGACAAUAAGCCUGCGGGACACAAUAUCGAGUUCGGCGUCAUGAUCAUGGGUGGGGCCCCAGAUCCGCCGACCCAGCAACCUCCCACAGUGCCGGCAUCGGCCACAGGCACGGAGCUAGAGAAGGCGACGCCUAUGGAAGGAGUGGAGGCUACGAGAACAGCUUCAGAGCCCGUGCAGCCUGGUGUAGAAAGCGGUGCCUCGGUGCUUGAAUCCGCUGCGUUCUGGGAUGACUUACAAGGGUUCUUGGAGCAGAGGAUACGGGACCAGAGUGAGGCGCAGGCAUUGCGGGGAAUAUUUGAGAAAGCAUGGAGAAGUGCGAAUUCGGCUCCUUGA